CGGAAUUCCAACGUGGCACUCUUUUUCCCAAUAAACCUUAUCGUCCCCAACCAAGAGACAUCAACCACAACGACAGGUUAUACAUUCCGCUGAAAUAUUGGUACGCUUUUUGUAACAGGAAUCCAUGGCUCUUCGAGCAGCUUCUCUUCUUCCAUCUGCAAUUUCCGUUCACAAGGAGGGGAAGUUGAAUUCUUCUCUCAAGGAGGGUUCAUUCAAUGGAGCUUUUCUCUCAAAAAAUGUCAAAUCGGAUUUCAGUUCUCUUUUGAUUGGAACAAAGGAGCUUAGAAGGAAGUCAUUGAUGGGACCAAUCCGCGCACAAACAGCAACCAUGGCACCAUCCGUCAUUGAAGCCGCAGAAGAUGGCAAGAAAACACUCAGGAAGGGCAACGUGAUAAUUACAGGAGCCUCAUCUGGUCUUGGUCUAGCCACAGCAAAGGCUUUGGCCGAUACUGAAAAAUGGCAUGUAAUCAUGGCUUGUAGGAACUUCCUGAAGGCAGAAAGGGCCGCUAAAUCAGUCGGCAUUACUAAGGAAAACUACACCGUUAUGCACCUUGACCUUUCUUCGCUUGAAAGCGUUCGCCAAUUUGUGGACACGUAUAGGCGUUCUGGUCGACCCCUUGACGCACUUGUGUGCAAUGCAGCCAUCUACUUGCCUACGGCUAAAGAACCCACUUACACUGCCGAUGGAUUUGAACUUAGUGUAGGGACUAACCAUCUUGGCCACUUUCUCCUCUCAAGAUUGUUGCUAGAAGACCUCAAGAAAUCAGAUUACCAGCAAAAACGACUCAUCAUUGUUGGCUCCAUAACAGGGAACACCAAUACUUUGGCUGGGAACGUGCCACCAAAGGCUAACCUGGGGGACCUGAGAGGGUUAGCCGGGGGCUUAAACGGGUUAAACAGUUCUGCUAUGAUCGACGGGGGAGAAUUCGAUGGUGCUAAGGCCUACAAAGAUAGCAAAGUAUGCAAUAUGCUAACAAUGCAAGAGUUUCACAGACGAUACCAUGAAGAAACUGGAGUUACCUUUUCGUCCUUGUACCCUGGUUGUAUUGCUACAACCGGUUUAUUCAGGGAACACAUCCCCUUGUUUCGACUUCUAUUCCCUCCUUUCCAGAUGUACAUCACGAAAGGCUACGUUUCAGAAGAGGAAGCCGGAAAACGUCUAGCCCAGGUAGUAAGCGAUUCAAGCCUAACGAAAUCGGGUGUGUAUUGGAGCUGGAACAAGAACUCUGCUUCCUUCGAGAACCAGCUGUCUCAAGAAGCCAGUGAUGCAGAGAAAGCUCGAAAGCUGUGGGAAGUCAGCGAAAAACUGGUUGGUUUGGCUUAAAAUCAACAAAAUUACGAGUCAUGGUCAAUAAUAAUAGUUCUAUUUCAUGGUAUGAAUGUGUUUGUUAUUCUUGAACUCCCAAUGUCAUACAAGAAUGGCGCUUGUACCAGAAGGUCAUUGACCCACAGUAACUGGGUUACCGGUAGAUUAAAAGCAGUGCUAAAUCAACUUGUUCACAUUCUUGUGUUUUAUGCUACUAAAAA